AUGAACAUGGCUACCGCACUCGAAGAUUUUUCUUCGUGGUUAAGUCGCACGUUGGAAGAGUUAAACACAGACGAGGGCAUUUUCGGCUCCUACAUACAAAGCAUUUUGGACAGCGAUGAAACAUCCGAAGAAAAAUUUGAAGCCCUACAAGGAAUACUCGCAGAAAUAAUUGAAAACGAAGACGAGAUCACCAAGAUAUGUAACGAAAUACUAGAAAAGUGGCAAUACCACAAGCGUAAAGAGCCGCCCCCACAGCCAAUCUCGACCGAAGAUGUUGAUACCAAACUUGUCAAGUUAUUGGAGUCACAGUCGCUGGCUACGACUAAACAGAAAAAGUAUACAGAAGAGGAGAAGAAAAUUCGUGAAGCAAUUUUGUCGCAAUAUUCACAAAUGACUGACGAUGAAGGUGAGGGGGAAGAGGGAAACGCAGUAGGUGAUCACAAGGAAAAUGAUCUCCAGAAGAAUACGAACGUUCAGUCUGUUGUUCAUGCUGAGAAAAUUAAACGUGAACAGGCCAAACUUGACAGCCAAAGAAAAAAAGAAAAAGAUAAGGAAGACAGGGAGAAGCAGAAGCAGCUGAGGGAGGAAAAGAAAGAGAAACGAAAGACUCAAAAAGGGGAAAGGAGAAGGUAGCAGCAUUAAAAAAAAAUGAUUUUUUUUUGUUUUGUUCGUUUGGAUUGUUUUAUUAUGAAAGAAUUAUGAACAUCUGUUUGAGAGAAGUUGAUUUUUACAAGUUUAUGAGGGGAAAUGACAUUAUUUUUAUAAAAUAUGCAGUCAUGUCAAGCCAUUUUUUGUGGAUUAACCUCGUAUUUUUUUAAAUAAAUGCCAGCUUCCAUUUUGUGUGAAAAA